UAAACUAUUUUCAGAUCAUGAACUAAAUCUUGGAAGAAGCAUGGUAUUGUGGUUGGCAGUGGGGUCUGUGGUUUUGUUCUCCAUCUUUCUUUGGAAAUACCCCACAUUUUUCCGAGAUGCCCGGAUUGGUUUUAUAAACUACAAAGUGAGGGUUGGUGUGGACCUGAUCCAGUUGAUAAAAGGAAACUUCACCCUCGUGGACCAGUGGGAGAUAACUUCUGCCAAGCACAAAGAUCGACCUUGUAUCGUGUUCGAGGGUAAAACAUUAACAUUCGGACAAGUUGAAUCGAGGAUCAACCAAUUUUCUCACUGGGCACUUGAUUCUGGGUUUAUCAAGGGAGAUGUCAUCGCUCUUUUCCUACCAAACUGUCCGGAUUUCUUUGCUCUGUGGAUGGGUUUUGCUAAGGUUGGGGUUGAAUGUGCGUUUCUUAACAACAACAUCAGAGGUGUUAGCUUGCUACACGGAAUUAAAACAUGCAAAGCAAGAGCAGUCAUUGUAAACCAUGAGCUGGCAGAGUUUCUGCAGCCAAUCCAGUCUGAACUGUGUGAGCUCCUAAUUUCCUCCUUCACCAUUGGUGGCGAUGACUCUAACUCAAUAAAACCCGAAACUAGGUCCGCGUGUGCUCCUCCCGCUAUCUUCAGGAAGAAUGUAACAUACCUCAGCCCACUUUAUUACAUAUUCACCAGUGGAACGACGGGUCUCCCCAAGGCUGCUAUCAUGAAGCAUAAGAAGUCAAUGUGGGUAGCGUACGGGUACGCUGCUCUGUUCCGCUUCACAAAAGAAGACCGGCUCUACAUCACCCUACCCAUGUACCACAGUGCUGCCUCCACUGUUGGGUUCGGUAUCAUGAUAACAACUGGGUGUGCUGUAAUUCUGAGGAAAAAGUUCUCUACCACCAGAUUCUGGCAGGAUGUGGCGGAAGAGAACGUCACUGUGUUCCAGUAUGUAGGAGAGUUGUGUAGAUAUCUCUGUAACACUCCAACUUCUCCUUUUCAGCAGCAACAUAAGCUCCGUCUUGCAUUUGGUAACGGUCUCCGGCCUGAUGUCUGGGAUAUCUUCAGGGAGAAAUUCAACAUUCCACAAAUCGGAGAAUUCUACGCUUCGACCGAGGGAAAUGUUAUCUUCGUUAACCGGCACAAUGUACGACACUCAGUAGGCUUCGCUCCCUGUGUUCUUCCCUUCCUGCACUGCGCGAGGAUUAUCAGAUACAAUAUAGAAACAGACCAAGUGUACACUGAUGCUAACGGAUACUGCCAAGAAGCAGCAGCUGACGAAGUUGGAUUAUUGAUAGGUAAAAUGUCAGCCCGGUACCCGUUUGAUGGUUACGUGGGAGACAAGUCCAUAACUAACAAGAAGAUAUUACGGAAUGUGUUUAGUGGGGGAGAUAGUUGGUUUAAUACAGGGGAUCUGUUUAAAGAGGACCAAUACAGGAACAUGUACUUUAUUGAUAGGAUCGGAGAUACGUUUAGGUGGAAGGGAGAGAAUGUGGCAACUACUGAGGUAGCUCAAGCUAUCUCAUCCUUCCAACAGGUAGAAGAGGUGAACGCGUAUGGGGUCCAGAUCCCCGGACACGACGGGCGCGCUGGAAUGGUAGCGCUGGUGUGCCGCAGUUCCAGCGCUCUGGACUUGGAGGCGCUUUAUGAUCACAUAUGUGUGAGACUGCCAGCCUAUGCUCGACCUCUCUUCAUCAGAAUACAGGAGAUAAUAGAAACUACUGGAACGUUUAAACACAUAAAAACAAUACUUUCUCGGGAAGGCUUCGACCCUUCGAAGAUCAGUUCGCCGCUCUAUUUCUGCGAUCCUUCAAUAGGAAAUUAUGUUCGUUUAGACAAUAUUCUAUAUGAAAAGAUCAUUCGUGGACAAGUAAAACUAUAAAGUUUAGUUUAAUACUGACUUAUCACUUAUGAGUCGAGUUGUAGUUGUUAUAUUUAUAGAACAGAUAGUUUGAUUCUAAUGAGUUUGCUCAAUUUUCUUGGAGUAAUGUGUAGGUUGAAAUUAUGUCUGAUAAUAUCACACUAAUAAUAUACAAAAUGUAAAAUUUGAGCAAACUAAUCUUGUAAAUAGUUUAUUGCAGUGACUUAUUAUAUUGUCAAGUUAUGGAAUAUUGAUAAAAGAUAUUUAUAAUCCUACUUUAGUGGUGACAUUAUAAUGAUCGAGUUUUGUUGAUCAGAUCAUAUUAUAUAUUGACGGUUGUUCAAUAAGUUAACAGAAGUUCUAUAUAUAUAGAUAUGGAAAACAUUAUCCUACAAUUUAAUUCAUCGUUUCUCUAUUCACAUAAUCGAACUAUGAGGAUCUCUAAUAGAGUUUCUAAUAGGUUUGAUAUAUUCACGUUAUGAACCUGAAAAUUUUUAGCAGGAGUUUGAAAAGUGAUGGUUUUUUGAAGUUUAGUCAGGUAACCUGUAUACCCUAUGAAUGUGUUUUGGUAUUUUAUUUGAUAUUAAAUUCUUUCCUAAUGAUAAAGUUUGCGUUUUGUAAUUGAUUGUUUGCACAUUUACAUGUAGUUCAGUAAGCUUGUAACCAUUCUUGAAGUAACUAGUAUAUUGUUUAAUGAUAUAUUAUUUAAACAUUCAAGCCCUAUGAUACUUGACUUAUUCGUAUCACAGACUAAAACUUUAUAUCACUGUACUGUUUGUUCCGGAAUGUAAACACAAUACAAUAAUAUGUAAGUGUGGUCCAUUAUACCUCUACCUAUUAACACAUACUAAACGCGCCAAUUAUUAUACCCCCGGCCCCCCCCCCGGCCCCAUGUUCAUGUGAACAAUGGAGAUCUGGACUGUACUCACUUGUUGAUGUGUGUUAAAUCCUGUAAAAUGAUAACACUAAGCGUGUGUUACUCUAACAUUACCCUGAUCAGCUUAACUUACAGUGGUGAUAACUAGUUUUAACUGUUAACGUGGGUUUGAUAAGAAUUUGCUGAUUUAAGUAGGUGCUUUUCAACUCUAGAUAUGUGUAAUAUCAUAGUUCAGUUAACUUACACGUUUUUUUUUGCUAAAAGCCCCAGUCUUAAUUGGUCUAGUAAUGACACAACUCAAUUUUAUGCUGGGUUUUAAUGAAAUAUUUAUUGGGAAAUGGGCGUUGUUCUUCAGUGGUAUUUUAUUAUGUGUUAUUAGUAAGCUUUGUAGUAUUUUGUAUCUUUUAUGAGUUUUCCUACCGUAGUCUUUA